AUGGCGGCGACGACGAAAACGACGACGACGAAGAAGAAGAAAAGGAGGAAGAAAAGGAAAAACGAUUUCGACGACGACAUCACUAAUAAUGUUUCCUCCGAAAAAGAAACGACGACGAAGAGGAAGAGAAAAAGAGGUUCAGGUGAUGAUGAUGAUGAUGUGGGUGAGCUUCUGGUGAAAAUGUACCCGCACGGGUCUUUUCUUCGCCCGCUGUUCGUGCACCGACAAACGCAAAAAGACAUUCGAGACAUUCGAGAAGAAGAAGAUGAUGAAGAAAACAAAGAAGAAGAAAAAGCGGCGGCAUCUUCGGCAUCGUUUGCAGCCGCGACGGUAUUAGUCACCGGAUUCCCGUUCGAGUGGCACAACGAAUUCUCCAUUCAGGAUUUAUUCUCCGCCUCUUUCGGUGAAACGAAACGAGUGCAACUGAUUCGAUUAAAAACGAAUUCAGAAGCGAAGAGCGCUUUGGUGACGUUCGAACAGACCAAGAGUUUACAAAAGUUAUGGAAGAAAAUCGAAGAGAAGACAAUCGUAGAAGCACCGAUGACGACGAGAAUAGGAAUAGGCUCACCUCCUCCUCCCCAGUUCGGUUUGGAUAAGUUUGUGUACGAACACAGACUCCGACGCAAAGGCGGCGCCAAGGCGGCGAAAGCGACCGUCGACGAGUGGUUUCGAAACCGCGCCAAGGAAAAGGAAAUAGAAAAACGGAAACGCGCGAGAGAAGAGGAAGACGACGGAUGGACCGUCGUGCAACAAAAACGAGGGAGACGGAAAACGAGCGAUAAUCAAGGGAUAACCGUCGGUGGGGUUCGAGCGAGCACCGUGGAGAGACGCAGGAAAGAAGCUUUGACGAUGGAAGGCGAAGACGGCGACGCUACGACUACUACUAGUUCUUCCUUUUACAGAAAAAAGAAGAAAGGCACGCUCGGUUUAGCUCCCGUGGAGAAUUUUUACAAGUUUCAAUCUCGAGAGAGGCGAAGGAACGAUUUAAUCGCUUUGCAGAGAGGGUUUCAGGCGGACAAAGCGAAAGUCUUAGCCAUGAAAGCCGCCAGGAAGUUCAAGCCGGUGUAA